AUGUCUAUGGAAGAACUCAAACAACGCGAAAAUCGUUUGUUUUUGGAAAAUGAUGAAAAGCUUUCCGUGUUUUGUCAGCUCAUUGAUAAACAAAAUUGGAGCUUAGCAAGAAGCGAAGAACUGACCAAGAAGUAUAUUUCGUCUGGUGUACAUCCUUAUAUAACAUUCAGAAAUAAAACAUGGUGGAAAACUUAUAAAUUUCAGACGAAAGAAAUUAUUUCAAACUUUCGUUGGCGGCUUGAAAUUCAAAGGAAUGUGUUUACACCAGGUAAUAUUUUGAUACUUUUUAUUUGGAAAUUAAUUUGCAUUCUUGUAUGUGGACUUCUAUUCACUUGUAAAGAAUAUUAAGUGUUAUUUUUGAGCAUUUUUUUCAAUCACUGUGCACUGCGAAAAUCCUACGCCAUGAUACAUUCUUAUAUUUAUUUGUACAAAAAAUGUGUUCAGUGUUCACUGCCUCAAAUCCAUUAUAUAUGAAUAAUCUCAUAGGUGUAAAUGAUGUUCUUUUUGAGCCAUGGUUUAUAACAGUGGAGCUUGGUUAUGGCCUUGGUCUGUAUGAGACUAAAAGUAUUCUUAUACCAAAAGAACAAUUGGUUAACUUGACUCAAAAGUUAGGUAGUGUGGUGGGUAAGUCAUCUGUGAUGACCAGUAGCAGUGGACAGUUUAUGGUCAAACCAACACCAUGCUGUGGAGAUAUCUUGUUUGUCUUGCCAUUUAAGAACAAGAGUAUGUCUAGUGUUGGAGGUAUGGUAAUUGUGUUAUAAUAAUUUUUUUCUUGCAUGGGUUUCAUAUGAUGUCGCAUGGAAGUCAAGAGUUCGUGUAUAUAUAAACGCCCUGGUCGGAGAACUCGUUUACAUAAGAUACAUUGACAGCUAUCACGUUUCUUUGUUGUUUUAGUUGACCCGAGUGGCCCAGUUCAAUGAUUGACACCCACUUCACACUUGAGUAAAAUUAUGAUAAAAUAUCAUUUGAUUGAAACCCAAGAAAAUCUACAUGAAAAUACAUGUUGGACAUACAUGGUAUUAAAGUGUUAAAACAUUUUCUUCUGUUUGUUCUAGGUUGUUAUGUUGGCAUUACCUAUGGAGCAUUUAUGCCAGAGACAACACUCUGGUUGGAUGUUUGUCCAAACCAAAGUACCAAUUCCUCACUCUGCAGUGUUUUCCCAUCUGAAGACUGUAAUAAUCUACGUCUCCUUGACAUGGUUGUCACAAGAAACUACAUUGUGUUUGCUACCUCCUUUGGUCUUGUCAAAAGUGCUAGUUUUGCACUGUUAAUGUCUGAGCAGGGCGUUGCAGAGAAGGUAUAAAACAUUUAUAAAGUGAUAGAAAUAAUGAAGGAAGGGGUGGUCAUUCGUGCGGGGGUCAAUCAGUGCAGACACUUGCGAAAUACACAGCUAAAAACAAUCAGGUUGUUGCAAUAUUGAUGAAAACUGGAUUGAACAAUGUUGUGUGGCCCACAUUGUUCACAGUUGUCAAUAAUGUUGAACAAUAUUGUUACACCCGAUUCAGGCUCAACAAUAUUGUGGGCAGCACAACAUUGUUCAAACAGUGGGCUCAUAAUUUUUACGCGUAUGUGGAAUUAGGUUCCCCACAUGAUAUGACCACCUUUUGUAGCUGCAAAUCUUAGUUUGUUCUUUCUAACUACAUUCUUUAAUUUCAGGUAUAUGUAGCAAUUUCAUCUCCAGCAACACUUACGCCUUCCUUCGCCAAUGGUGAUAUCAAACUGCAAUACACACCUUACUGCUUAGAUUUCCACGUAUAUAGCGAGAGUAAUGACUUCAUACACCUUCUGUCAACUGGGUCAACAAAACCACUUUAUAGAAGUCAAUCACCAUACAUCCAAUUAUUGGAAAUUGCACUUUCCACACCUUUCAAAAGUGUGGAAGUUCUUGGAAUUGUUAAUGAUAUUACUAAGAGUAGCGAGGUGUUAUUGAUGAAAACCUCAUUAAAUCAGGUAGGUUUAAUACCGUAUUAAAAUAAAAUAUGUCUUGCGUUAGAGCAAAAAAAAAUAAUAAAUUGCUUCACGUUUUACUCAACGGGCAUUUGGACACUCCAAGUUACAAACCACAGCAGCUUACAUUUAUUCAUGCUGUUUUAUUUUAUUCUUGCAAUACUUGUUUAGGUGGAAAGAUAUGUCGUUUUGGUAGUUUCACAAGAUUCUAACCGUCAUUUUGUUUUUCCACCUUGGUACUUCUCAGAAAACUCGAUUGCCAGGGACAUUCAAUUUCAUACUUGGUCAAAUACGAUAUUAGUUUAUGGUUCUGAGGUAAAUAAUAUAAUUCGUAAUUGUUGAUGUAGUGUAUUGAUACUAUAAGUUUCAUUAGUCUGUCUGAUUACGCAGCAUAUGAUGGUGAAUUCUAUUGCUAAAAAUGUUUGGAGUGCAUGAUUUUUCCCGAUCAUGAAUUUUCCAUGAUCAGCUAACUAAGGCCGACACACUGGACGCCAUUCGGCAAAGCAGAGCGAUUUUUUAAUUUUUGAAAGUAAAUAUAACUGCGAAAGGAAAUUUUGAAAGAUAUUUAAAAGUUAUCUGUCAGUGAUAAUCGAAAUAUCACGUCGCGUUGCCGAAUCAAAUCCGGUGUGUGUUGACCAUUAACGUGCAUACAUGUCCAAUACUGUCGAAUCGAUACGACCCGUAAGACUCGAUAAGACAGCCUUGUCGACUGACAUAUUCUCAUGAAUACCACCAAAGACUCUUUGUUGACAAUUUUAGCGCGUCAAAUGAACAUUGCCCGGUUUGAAAGCGAUUUUGCGCGAAUUUUUUUCUUUCAUCAAAUGACGUCACAGACAACGUACUAAUUAAUAUCCCACAAUCCCUUGUUCUGGCGCACGGUAUAAAAACGCUGUGAUGUCAUAAUUAGUUUGUCUUAAUUGAUUGACUGAGACUGCGUAGCGUUCGUAUUUUUCGCGGAAUUUUUCCAAACUUUUGUGUAAUAAAACUAAUAUGGCUGAAUUUGAGUAUGACGAGGAUUUCGAAUGUGAAGAAAUCGAAGAAGAGUUGGUGGAGGAGUUACUAAAUUUGGAGAUUUAUGGAGAGCAAACGACUCUCGAUGGUAUGCUUGAGGCAGCCGAGAAAAGUCUAAACGAAACUAAAGCUCGCGUUACAAAGCUUAAAACUUCGUUCGGUGGUGAACAGAACACAGGUAAGAAUUACAAUAUAUCUUGAAACUAUUUUGUAAGAAAUAACGUUAACAAUUUUACCGCUUUCUUAUUCACAUUCUAUGUGCAAAAUGAAUUAAUUUUUACGUUGCUAUGCAACUAUCUCAUUAACUCCACCGUGAAUUCAUUCGCGCGCGCAAACUUUCAGAUUACAUUAGUGCGAGAGCGCAUUACUCCGUUCUCCAGGAAUAUAAUGCUUUCCAGUUUAUAACAAAACAAUGCUGAAUGUUUCCUUUAAUAUUUGUAAUGUUUUACAUCCUUUUUAUUGACGUUUAGGCGAGAAUGAUCUGGUUUUUGUUCCAGAGUCUUCAACGAUUCUUCUUGACAGCAGUGAAGUUAACAUAGAAGAUGUAAAUCUUCCUGAAAAUAAAGACGCAACUUCAGUGAAUGAUUCCUACGCAAUGACUGCUACAAUUAAAGAACUUUUAAAGGAAACAACAUUGGAAGAAUCUCAUCAUGAUGAUACAGGAGGCGAGCGCAAAUCUCAUGCUCCUUCAAACACAGAUACUCCUACGACGUUUGUUCAUGGUGGCAACGAAGCAACACUUGAUGUCUCCCUCCCAACAUUGGAAAAAUCUCAUCAUGAUACAGGAGGCGAGUGCAAACCAGAUACUCCUACGACUCUUGUUCAUGGUGGCAACAAGGCAACUCUUGAUGUCUCCGUCCCAACAUUGGAAGAAUCUCUUCAUGAUGAUACAGGAGGCGAACACAAACCUGAUGCUCCUUCAAACACAGAUACUCCUACGACGUUGGUUCAUGGUGGCAACGACGCAACACUUGAUGUCUCCCUCCCAACAUUGCAAGCAUCUGACCAUGAUGAAGUGGAGAUUGUUCUCGACGGAGGCGAGAUCAAAUCCAGUGAGAGUUCUGAUGUUGAGAUCUGGAAGGAUGGCUGUCCAUUACCAUCAAGUGGACCUACUUGUUCUGAAUGGCAGAACUCUGCCGAUGCUCACUCAUCUGGGGCUGAGGCCAUUUCCACUCAGGUAUCGACUGCCGGGUGUCUACCUGAGUGUGAAGAGCCUCGCUCUGGAUGUGUGAACAUCGAAAGUGUGAUGUCAUCAGAACAAGUCAUCCAUCUUCCGACCUCCAUCAACAAAGAUGGGCCAAAUGCUGUUGGCAAGGAAGGAUUCCAAAACAAAGUUGAGGGUAAGUCGAAUGAAUAUAACGGAAUUAUAAUACUAAACAAACUCCAAAGACCGGAUAUAUCGACUCCCUAUUAAAGUCUUGACUCAAAUAUUGAGUCCCAAGGUGUCGCUAUUGUUCGGAGUUCACUGCAGUCAAUUACAAUAUGAACUGAAACUAAAUAUUGACUCAUUUGAUUUACUAGAUGAUGAAAUUGGUGUGACUGAUAGCAGUCUGAAGAAUGAAGAUGAGCAAGAAAGUGAUAAAUGUAAAUCGAAGAACAAAAAGAAGAAAGGGAAGAAUGUUCACAAGAAAGAGAAACGUUUAAAAGAUGAGAAUGCCGAGAAAACGAAGACCAAGAAAUUUCAUCGACGACUUAUUUCUCUGUUCUGCUGUUGCUUUAAAAGUCAAGAAAGAAAUGAUCAAAAGAACGAAAGGGAACUGGGGAGAUCACAAUUCGUUGAGCACAACUCCUUUUGAAGAUGCUUGUCAAACCUCAUUUGUGCCAAUUGAUUUAAACAAUUGAACUUGUCAGUUAGACAGACAUAAUUUAAUAUUCUACAUUAUAUAUUGUAUUUGUAAAAAGUUAAUAAUAUUUUUUUGGUUCCAGAGCGACAUUGCAUUUCUUUAGUUUCAGUCCUAAAAUACAUCAUGAAAACAUCGUGGUCAAGUGCGGUGUUUACUUGAAAGCACGGCUCUCUUCCGUCGAGGUUCGUCUUUUGGUUAUAAAUUCAUGUCUCCCUGUUUAUUGGUUAGUAUUCAGGUUAUAGGCUAACCCAUAAGCAGCGAGGCUUGACUCUAUAAUCCGAGUGUUUACGUGACAAACCACUGACGAGUGUGUUUGUAGGCGAACUCGUCAUCGCUUCCUUGCAUAAAAACUUGAAGUACACGAAAAACUUAAACCAACCAAUCAAAAGGAGCUCUAAUCCGAGUCGUAUUGAAAAUACUGUGCAUGAGUACUAUAUAUACAAUACGUGAACAGGAUAUAAAUGGAUAUACAAAUAUUUAAACAGAUAACGUGAAAAUAAUAGCCAUUGUUCUUUGUUAGGUGUGGAAAUCACGUGAUGGGGGUAACUCUUUUAAACAACUCACAAAGUUACGAAGUCCGCAUACAAUAACAGCAUUGUCGUUUCCACAAUAUGGAGAUAAUAUCGUCGUUCUGACAAACCAUGGAAAAAUAUUGAAUGGUAGGAUGGGGAUCUCUAGGUUAAUCGCCAUCCACCAUCAGACCUUGUCUGGGUUUCUGUAUUCCAUACUGGUUGACGAACUUGGGACUAUAAAAGGAUUCUCUCAAAAUGGAAAUGCUUCAAUAUUUGGGAAUUAUUUCAUUGAGAAGAUAAAUUUCGAGUCUUACCAGAAACAUUUCUGUACAGAUCAUCUGUUGCUGCAAUUUAUUGGCCAUCACGAUGUUUUUAUUUUUGUAGCUGCACCAUUCGAACAGCCUUCAAACCAAUCAUUAACCAGUUAUUGUUUUAGUUCUCCAGUGGUCACGCAGGUUCUUAAAAGCCGUUUAGGCGGCUCCGCUCAUAUUUCCGAGGUUACGCAAUUGAAUCCUUCCACUGGUUUCUAUACAAGAGCUAAAGGUAAAGUUAUGGAAGAUUUCAUCGGGUUAACAGCGAUCUCAGCCCUAGUAUUGAAAAUGGAUUUACAACUAAGAAUCCUUAAUUCUGCGUUUUAUGAUGUGAUCUAUGAGCUAAGUAUCACAGGAGUAGGAUGGUCAAGUCAUGAUGUUGGAAGAACUGUGGUACUCGACAACGGGAUGAGUAUUUUGCUAAUAAAGUAUAUCGAUGGUUCUACCAUAUAUGGAUUACCACCACCUGGAUUUUCACCAAGUAUUUUACCACAUACUAACCAGAAGUCUGGUACUUGGCAGAUGUACGAUCUGAGCUCUGCAACAGUUAUCUAUGACAAGACGGACAGUAUCAGCAUUAGCUAUUCUCUGGGAGAGUUUAAAGGUAUAGCUAAUUUUGUCUUUACAAAUUCACAUAUUGGAAAGGUCUUAAUGAUACACAGCGACAAUCACGGUGUAAUAGAAACAGUAUCAGGUGGGACAGUGUCUUUUCAAAAUAGUUCAUUAUUUAAGGAAGGACACUUUUCGGAAUGGAAAUUACUCGAACCACGUGUAUACACAAGUGAACCAAAAAAUGGUUACGGUAUGUGGUGGCUUGAGGAAGAAGAUUGCUCCAAUUUUCCUAUUAUUACUCCAAAACAGUAUAAAACAUUGUAUCACCUAGAUACCCAAGAUAAUGUAACAUUACAGUUCGCCGUAUUGGCUCAACAUUUAGAAACUACUGAGCCACAGAUUUCAAUGCAUGUGAGCAACCCGUCGCUAUUCUUUAUCAGAGGAACCCAUGAACACUAUGAAACAAACCAUACUCUAGAUGUGGGAUUGAUGCGAAAGCCUGGAACAACAGGAUUAUCGCAGAUGUCAUUCAGUAUCCCUUAUUUAUCCUUAAAAUGUCCAAGUGUCUCAAAUGUGCUCACCAUACAUGGGGGAUGUCCACCAAGCAAACGUUUGGUUUUUGAAUACCCAAUUACCUUUACACCAAAUGUGUUUCUCUAUGGUACACCUAAAGACGGUGACGGCGUUCUAAGACAUUACAAGCUACCUGCAAAUUAUAGACCACCUUCUUCCCGCGGGGUUGGCAUCCCUAUGUCAUCAAACCUGUACAAUGUACACCCUGAAAAGCCCCCAUAUAAGGAAAGGUUUGCGAUCUCUCGACGGACUCGUGUAUAUAAGCAAUGCAGUGGCAAGUCUUAUCGUCGCGAUUGUGACUGUGAUCAAGAAAAUAUUACAAUGUCAAGAUUGGUUGCCUAUUCCGAUUGCAUUACUACUGUAUAUAGGUUAUUGUAUGGUGAGGAAUUCAGACCAAAUUUUACCCUCCUACAAGAUGAUACCAUCACGAAACGCUUCGUUGAUCCUUACUACGUAGUGGAAUUAAACCAGAGAUCUGACUUUAAGAUCGUACGCAGUACUACUUCGACUACCCCUGGUCAGGAUUCCACCAUUUCAGUUCUUCAAGAUAGACUUAAUAGUUCUUUGGAGUUUAGUGGAGGUGGACUUUACCAUUUUCGUGCCUAUGCUGUGAAAGAAGGGUAUACACUUUGUGGUCUGAUGGAUGAAUUUAUUGUGUUCGUUGAUGAGCUACCACUACCUAAUCCUGCAAGAGAUGUGGUUAGAUUUACAACUGCUAUGCUGUUUGUUACCUCAUCAUUCCUUGCAUACCUUUGGUACCUCUACUAUUCCAACCAACGAGACCAAAACAGGGUCUUUCCAGACUAGAGCACUGGAAAUCAAAUUAACCCCCGAGUUGAUAAACCGAGUAGUUUUCGAUUGUAGAAGUGUUACUUUCCAGGAUUAACGAAUAAUUAUUGAAUGAUGGUAGAAAUAUUUUUCGAGAAAUUUUCUCAUAAGUUGGCCCUGAUUAAUUAUUGAAAUUUGCCAUUUAUAAUCUUUUGUACCGACAACUCCGGGUGAUUAUCCACUCGUCUUUAAGCAUGCGUGCAAUCACGUGAAAGGUCAACCUUUACGCUUGUUGGGAAUAACGAAAGGCUGCAAGGUUAAGGUCAAGCCUUGUCAAAGAGUAAUUGUACAAUGUCAAUGUAGUACCUGACGGAAAUACAGUUUGAACUGAAGAUGAUCAUUUGAAGUCUAUGUCAUUCUGAUACCAUGAAACAAAUGUGUUACGAUGUCUUAAUGAAGUUAUGGUUGUUUGUGGGGGUUUUUUCCACAAAAUUAUUUUGUUAACUUUGGACUUUCUAGAAAUAAAGUGUCUUUGAUGUUACUAGAGCAUGUGUACACUUAUCUUUACACUUAGUCAGUUAUGUCAGUGGGUGUAUGUCGGAAAUAGUUAUCUCGCUUUGCCGCUUCCGACAUCUCUAUACAUUGUCAUAGAAGUUUGAAAAUAUUUAGCAUAUCUUGUAUUAAAUGUGUAGGAGUUCAAGAUGUCACCUCUGAGAGGGCAGUCGGAAAUAUACUAAAAGUCGGAAACGUUUGGUACACGCUAUGUAAUGUACACUUAUAGGCAUUACUUUUAAAUAUAUAUUUGUGUAACUAACUACCAC